CCCUUGUUUACUGGUCCGCCGGGGCCGGCUGGCUGCUGUGAGGCGGCCGAGUGAGCAGGCGCCGCGCCGCUUCCCGCCUCCCUGGUGAUGCCUGAGGCGGCGGCGGCGGCGGCGUCGUCGUCGUCCUUGCUGUUCCCUUCUUCCUCGUCGGGGCCGCGGGGCGGACGGCGGGCAGAGCACCCGGGGCGCUGAGGGCGCAGCGGCGACGGAGGCGCCCGCCCUCGGCGGCGCACCUCAGCGCGGGAAAGAGCCGGCGGGGGCGGGAUGAGGUAAUGGGGGGCGGCACGUGAGGGGGCCGCUUCCUCCUCCUCCUCCCCCCCUCGCGGGCCCUUCCCAGCCAGCGAGGCCGCCUGACGGUGCCAUGAGCGCGGCCGGGGGCUGCCCGCGGGUCGCCCGCCCUUCCCGAAACCCCGCCGGGGCCCGGGGCGAGCCGUAGUGGGGCGGCUGUCCUGGGCCGCGGCGGACGAGGGGAGGGAUGCUCCGCCGGCCUGCCGUGUCAGCGCGGGCAUUUUUGCGCCUUUAGCCGCUCCUUUUACCUCUGCGGCGGGGGAGGGGAGCAGUUUUAGGACCCCUCCCCCCUUUCCCCCCCCUGCCGGGGAGGGUUUGGCUCCCUCAGCCCGGGGUGUGCUUGGCCGGCUACUCCACCCCCUCCCCCUUCCCUCCCCCCCUUUUUUGGGGGGGUGGCUUGGUUUGGCUUCGUUUUGGAGGAGUGGUUUUCCCCCCCUCUCUCCCCCCCCCGUCGCCCCAUUUAUAAAUCCGCCUCCCGAUUUCCUAAAAGGAAAAAGCUUAAUUAAAAAGUGCCCACCGAAGCUGCCUCUGGGAGGGAAUAAUAGCCAGGUGAAAAGCGCACUCAGUUUCCAUGGACCACCCGUCCAUUAUCACCCAGGUGACUAACCCCAAAGAAGAAGAAAUCCUGUCUUGCUCUCAGGAUAAAGCAUCCCAAUGUAAUCUCAGUUUGAAAAAGCAGAGGAGCAGAAGCAUCUUUAGCACUUUAUUCUGCUGCUUUCGUGACUACAAUGUCGAGUCUCCGUCUCCCAACAGCCCCAGUGUCCUUCCUCCAUUCGUGGAAGAAAAUGGCGGGCUUCAAAAGGGUGACCAGAUGCAGGUCAUUCCCAUUCCAAGUCCACCAGCUAAAUAUCUCUUGCCAGAAAUGACAAUAUCUGAUUACGGGAAGAAAUGCGUGGUCAUUGAUCUUGAUGAAACAUUAGUGCAUAGCUCCUUUAAGCCAAUUAGCAAUGCUGAUUUCAUUGUUCCAGUUGAAAUUGAUGGAACUAUACAUCAGGUUUAUGUAUUAAAACGGCCGCACGUGGACAAAUUUCUUCAGAGAAUGGGAGACCUCUAUGAAUGUGUGCUAUUCACAGCCAGCCUAGCAAAAUAUGCAGAUCCGGUGGCAGAUUUGUUGGAUCGUUGGGGUGUGUUUAAGGCUCGACUCUUCCGGGAAUCCUGUGUUUUCCACAGAGGAAAUUAUGUGAAAGAUCUUAGCCGGCUUGGACGAGAAUUGAGCAAAGUCAUCAUUGUAGACAAUUCUCCUGCAUCUUACAUCUUCCACCCUGAAAAUGCAGUGCCUGUUCAGUCCUGGUUUGAUGACAUGACAGACACAGAAUUGUUAGACCUUAUUCCUUUCUUCGAAGGAUUGAGUCAAGAGGAGGAAGUCUACACAAUGCUCCAUAAGCUGUGCAACAGGUAGCCUUUUGAACGCCAGUCCUUGUUGCUUUACCGCAACCCGCUGAAGCAUCUCACAGAGGCUGCUCUGGAUGUUUCUGAUCUUCCUCUGCCAGGAAAGAUAAUCCUGACUCAGUGGUUCUAAAUCAUGGGACUGACUCUAAGGUGACCAGAACUACUUUUUAAAACAAAAAAAUCAAGAAAGAGAAGAUAAAGAAAUAGAAGCUAUUUUGAAUGGGGCUUUUAACGCAUUUCAUAAACAGACGCGUUUUACAGAUUCUGCUUUUUUUCUUAAAACAUGCCAAAAAAAAAGAAUAAAAAAAAAAAAGAAAGCUUGGUAUUAACUUCAAACAGUCCCCCCCUUCCCAACUCAUCCUGCUAUGCAGAGUGUUUUUCCCACCCCACCCUGCUUCUUAGAGCAGUUGACCUGACUCUGAACUUAAUUUCUUCCAGGAUGAAGUGCCUUUUUGAAUGUUGUUUUAAGAUUUAAAAAAAAAAUCACUUUUGUAUAAGGGGUAUUUCCAAAAUCUUUUAGUCUUGUAUUGUUUAAAUGCUUGAAAAAAAAAAAGACAAAGAAGAGUUGGGAGACUUUUUAUA